AUGGGAUUCCCAAACCUCAAAGCAUACUACCACGCAGCUCUACUUUCAAAUGUAAUCAAUGCACACACGACACACCAGCCCCCACAAUGGGUAGCGUUGGAAAGCCAGCUCUGCAUCAACAACGACCUUUCAUCCACGCUGUGGACUCCCAAACACGUAAGGCCAAACUCCAAGGACCUAUUGCCCACCACCAAACUCCUGCUAUCCACAUGGGACUCCUGCAGGAAAAAACUAUGCUCAGCUCACCCGUGGGAAUUAACCGCCCCGAUCAAAACAAUACACCACUGCAAUGGCACAUUCCCACACCGUAAAUGGGAAAAAAAGGGCAUCACGCACCUAUCCCACCUCUACACAGCUGAAGGCCUAAAACAGUUCCCAGACCUUCAAACCGAAUAUUCGCUCCCACCGAACUUCGCAUUCUCGUACCUACAAUUAAAAUCUCUACUGAUAGAUAAUUCGAUCACCAACAGUAACCAGACUUUAAAGACCUCAGCGACGAAAUUUGAACGACAAUGUAUGUCAGCGACACCUCCGAAAAAAACGCUGUCCAUCUGCUACGACGGCCUAGAAAACCCCAAAACAGAAGUCACAUGGAAAUUCAUGAAGGACUGGCAGGAAGACCUCCAAGAACAGCUCUCCCCUAGUGAAUGGGAGAAAAUAUACACAACACACGAAGGUUUAUCCUCAUGUGCGGCACAUUUUGAAACGUCACGCAAAUUGCUAUAUAGAUGGUACAUGGUACCCUCACGACUACAUAACAUGUAUCCUGACACACCAGACAUAUGUUGGCGCUGCAAUUCACACAGAGGCACAAUGUUACACGUGUGGUGGACCUGCCCCACUGUGAACGAACUCUGGACAACGACGGAACAUAUGAUUCAAGAUGUUACGGGAUACACCUUGCCCCACGAGCCCAAAACAAUUCUCCUAAGAUCAUUCCCUGCCCACAUCCCCAAGCCAGCAAAAAAAAUGAUAUAUAUCAUAUUGAGCACUGUCUCCAACCUAAUUUCUAGAAACUGGAAGACCUCUACACUACCCUCAUCACAGGAAAUUAAGACUCUGUUGUCAACAACAGUGGAUUAUGAACUACAAAUGUGGAAUCAACUCAAAAUAGGGAAACUGAGCCUACCUAUGGCCGAGAUGUGGCGUACCUACCUGUCAACACAGCAGCCACUCCCAAACCCCCCCUAGCCUAAUGCGAAAAGAGGCUAAAAUGACUCAAGACACUCUAAACCAAUACCACUAUGGGUAGCAAAGCCUGCUAGCUACUCAAGCGAAGCUAUAACACACUACACGACUGAACCAGACUAAAGACACGACUCCCUGCCCAAAGAUGUCCGCGUCAGUAACGGACUUCACCAGGGUUAUACACACUACCCUAGUUAUGAUUCCUACCCCCUGUACCCCUCUCCCCCCCCCAGCCUCGAACCUUACCCAAGAGUCCUACAGGGAAACACGAAAUCACGCACUAGACUUUUUACAAGAUAUCACAAAAGGAAGCUGCGAGAUGGUUACCGCAUACAAAUACAGCCCAUGGACCAGGUCCUUAGGAAUCGAUAUCACCAGACCUCCUUUAAACCAAAAGCGAAUGGAAACACAGGACACCUAGAAUAG